AUGAACUGGGGACAGGCCAGCAAUGACGAUUGGUCGGGGAUCUCGGAUCCUUCGGAGAGACGGAAAAUCCAGAAUCGGCUCAACCAGCGAGCGAAGCGAAAUAGAAAUAGAAAGAAGAUGCUCAAUGCCUCCGCGUCACGCUCGAGCCCAUCGGAACAUUCAUGGGGUGGACACGGAGUUCUGAUCCCAACGUGGUCGAGGGUCAACAACUCCUUGUCAUCCGACCAAAGACACACUCAGGAUGCCAGCUCCCACACAGAUCAAUAUUCGGCCCCCAAUCGCAAAACUCCCCGGACAUCAUCGGGACCUACUCGAGCAGGUGAUCAUUCAAACAGACCGGGGCAGGAAAUGCUGAUCCCACCUCUCGUUCUUCAGUAUUCAAGCCAUACCGGACUUCCCAAAAUAUUUUUUCCGCUUUCGCCAGAUCAUAAACUUAUCACACUGGUCCAAUACAAUCUGAAACGAGCUCUUUUGACCAACAUGAAUCUCCUUGGAAAUCUCAAGCACUUGCCGAGAGAAUGCGAGAGCGUCUUGUCACUUUUACCAUUUGCAAUUCCUCCUCCACCCGCAAUCCCAUCAACACUCUUACCGACAGAGCUCCAGUUGAUCACCCCUCACAAUCCUUUGAUUGAUUCUGUCCCGUUUCCUGAGAUGCGCAAUAAUCUUAUUCUCGAAGCUGACAAGUAUGAUAUGGCCGAGCUCGCAAGCGACGGUUAUGGCGGACUCUUCGGAGGGUUUAGUGAUUUGGAACUGCGCGGAGUCAUAGUCUGGGGAGAUCCCUGGAAACUUGACCAGUGGGAAAUUACCGACGCCUUUUCAAAGAAAUAUCAGUUUCUCCUAGCUAAUUGUGGAGAUCUAAUUGAGUCGACAAAUCGGUGGAGGGAGAGCAGAGGAGAGGACAGGUUGAUCGUAGAGAUUUGA